AAACAAAGAACACUUAAUGAAAUGAACAAAGUCGCAAUUUGCAUGUUAUUAUUACAAUAUUAAUUUUAUUAUGUGCUUAACCUGCUAAUACUUGUUCGUUUGUCGAUUAUUGAGAGAACAUUAGAUACUGGAACAAAGUAUGGUCUAAAUUAUUCGAUAUGGAACAACAAAGGCCUAGGAAUCACGCCCCGUCCAAAGCUAAGAAAUUGGCCAAAGUAUGUACCAAAUAGACUUUGGAAUAUUCAGAUAUUCUUAAUCUGAACUAUGUUAUUGUAUUUUGCUUUUCUAAGUGAUAAAGAUAUGUCAUGUGCAAUUUGGUUUCAGGUAAAUGUUGAAGAACCUGAACCUAUCGAUAAUAUAUUACAGUCCUCUGAUAUAGAUGAUGUAGAAAAUGCACUUUCUGAAGCAUUUAACGAUAUAUUUAUAAGUACAGAAAUUGCAAAUUCAAGUAUCAAUAAUGUGAAGAAUGACACCAAUCAAACGUCUAAAGAUGAUACCUUGGGCGAUGAAUUGAUUGAAAAACCCUCUGUUCAUAACACAUCACCUUCUAUACUACCAAUUUCAAUUCCUUGUUCUAUAGGUUCACUGCCAACACCUUGUGCUCCAGUGUUUGAUGACUUAUGGAAUAUACCAGUUUCUGAAACACCUUUUGAAUCUUUAAUUCCGUUUAACGAUGAACAAUUGGCAGAAUAUUACGAAAACAAAUUAUUAUUUGGUUUACAAGAGCAUAUUGAAGAAUUUAAUCAAACGGAAUUAAAGUAUUUUCAAGCAUGUGAACAUCCACUUCAUAUAUUACUUCAAAAUUACUUGCAAGCAAGACUGAAACUCAGUAAUAUCAAACAAGAAAUAAAUGAAUCAAAAUAUUUAUACGUUGUACACGAGAAACAUAUUUGGACAUUAGAACCUGCCAGUUAUACACAGUAUGGAGAAUGCCAAGUAAAUUUAUUUUAUUUUUUUAAUUGUUCCUAUGUAUCUAUAAUAUAGAUAUCUUCAUAUAGAUUCUAUAUGAAGGUAUUUGUUUUAUCAGACAUAAUCAUUAUCAUCUAUAAUUUAAUUCUUGAUUAUUAUUACAUUUACACAUGAAUUAUUUUUAAAAAGGUUGAUAAGGUUGAUUUUUGGCAAUUAUAAAAAAUAAAAAAAAAUUGGAGGGCAUUUUGAAAUAAUUGAACAUUUCAAGGUUUUUUCACUAUAAUUAAAAGUAAGCCAUUUUUUAAACGCCAUUAGAUUCAAUAUUAAAAACAAACAUUUUGAUAACAUUUAAAAUUAAUGAUAUUUCUUUCUUUAAACUAAAACUAUUCUAAAAGAAAUAAGCAAAUUAAAAAUCUAUACUUUAAAUAGAUUAUUUUCACAAUUAAAGUUAGAUUAACUAAUCAAUUGAAAUGAAAAAGAUUGUAAAAUUGUACAGCUCUAAAAUAUAUUUGCCUAGGUAGUAGGUAGAUACUUAUCACAAUUAAAAUGUUUUAAGUGUCUUAUUUGCAUAUUGUAUUAUUAUUUUAGGAUGGUAAUCCAGUAUCUGCUACAAAAAAAUAUGAUAUUUCCAGAUUCAAUCAAGUAGCUUUAGAUAAUUUACUAGUCUCUCUUAAAGAGUUACGGACAUUAGUUAAUAAUUAUUAUUUUGCCUUAUACGAUUGCCAAAUGAUUAAAGAGAAGGUAAAUAAAUUAUAUUUAUACUUAUGUUGUAUGCAAUUAUCUAUGUUAUUAUGUAUGUAAUGGACUAUAUAUUUUUUUUUCAGAUUGACUAUUAUUUACAUGUAUUAUGUCAGCCAUUUACUACUAUUUUUGCCAAUUCUUCAUCAGAAUUUAUUCUUAAUUCUGGUGUUUCCAGUCCACAAGAAAAUCCUUGGAGCUUCCAAGGAAAAAUUGUCGGAGAAAAACAACAGGCAUCUGUACAAGAUAUCAAGUCUUCCAUUUCUAUAUUAUUUUUGUACCAAAGAAAAAUAAUUAGUGAUAAAGUUUUUAUUAAUGAAACUAGACAAUUGUUGUUAAAAAUAAUUAGUGUUUUACUUCAAGUUGCUUCAUGGAAAGAUCAUUUUUUUGUAAUAAAUCACAUUUUAAGGUAAUUUUCUUUAUACUUCAUUUAAGAAAAGUUUUUUUAGUUUUUAUAUUAUACAGAUUUAAUUAUAAAAUUGUAUUUUAUAUUAUAGAUGUCCAACAGGUGUUGGAAAAUGGGCCAGCUCGUGUAUUCAAAUACCAUCAUUUGAAUUAAAUUACCAAGAAAAUAACUUUCAUUUAGAUUAUAUAAUUACAUCAUUGGCUAUUAUCUUAUUACCAGUUCAAGCAAGAGAAAAGUUUUUAGAACAAGUAAUAAGCAAUACAUUGUAUUUUAUAUGUACUAAUACUAAGUAUUUUACUAUAUUAUUUAGAUAUAUAAAAAUGAAGGAGAUGCUAAUGAAUCAAUUUGGGUAGUGGUAGAUAGUGAUGGCGAGGAAGAUAGUUCUAGCACCUCUCAACAAACACUCCGUGAAAAUGAUAUUAUCGCUAUGCUCAAUCAAAUACCAUUUUCAGUACUUUUUAAAAAAGUAUGUAAAUUAUUCUUUCCAAAAAUAUAUUCUUAAUGUUUAUAUAUUUAUUAAAUUUUAUUAACAGAUGAUUAUGUAUUCUGACAAAGAAGAAGUUUUGCGUUUGAACUUGUGGAGUGAACAUGAUCUAUUAAGACUUAUUGCUAUUGGAAACGUUUUAGUUAAAUUAUUUAAAUCAGGACUGCAAACUUAUUCUUCUGGAUGUUCUGAGUAUAAACAAUUUUCAAAAAGACUGGGACAUCUACUCCAGGAUACUGUUAACUAUGUUACUGAUAUAUUGGAAGAAUUUAAGUUAGUUUUAUAAUAGUUUAUUUUAUCAUAAAACACAUUGACAAAAUUUAAUUAUUAUCUAGAUGUCAUAAGUUUACAUCAGCUAGAAUACAGACAGAAUAUGAUUCAUUUGUUUGUCGUACAGUUAUUUGUUUGUAUGACAAUGCUGAUAGAACUACUUGGCAAUAUUUAGUGACGUUACCUUUUAGUCAAGUAUCUUCUAAAAUAGUUUUACAGCUUUUUCAAUAUGUAUUACACAUUAAAUCAGGUUCGUUUAACUGAUAAAUGGUUAAUUGUCACUUUUAUAAAAUUUUAGUCCUAAUUUUUAAGUUUUAAUUUUGUUUUUAGAUUCAAAUGAAUGUUCAUUAGAAGAACUGUCAGAAUGUAUUGUGAAUACUUCUGACAGUGAAUGUUACUAUCUUCUGACAGCCAUUAGUAAUAUGGCUUUAAGUAGAUACAUUAUUGAUGUAGACUUUAUAAAAACAGUGACUGUUUUUUUAUUUAAAGUAAGAAUGACAAUUAUUUUAAUUAAUUAAUCUUUUUUCAUGCUUUUUAUUUUAAUAGAUAGGAUUUGUGAGUAAAACUACUAGAGAACUAUGUCGCAAAACUUGUCGAACAUUACUUACAAAUUUAUCUGAUAAACAGCCAUCUCUUAUUUCUGAUAUUUUAAAUGAACUCAAAAAUAAUUUUGAUGAAGUUGGUUCUGUAUGUAUACUAGAAAUAUGGUCAAUUCAAUUCAUUUUAGACAGUUAUGUUGAAUUUGUUUUAUUUUGUUUUGUUAAGGGUUCAAUGUAUCUUUUCAAAACCCUUCCAUUACAAAAUUGGAAUCUUACUACAGAUGACUUAUCUUACUUAGAGAAAUUAAUUUUAAAUCAUCCAAUUACAUCUAUGGAAAAUACAUUAAGUCGCUAUAUACUUACAAAAUUGUAUUCAGGAUGCAAUGAGACUAAUGUAAAGUAUGUAUUAUUUAUUAGAUUUUAUUUGCUAGUAAGAUAUGUGUACAAAUAUUAUUAUUUUUAUUUUUAAAUGCAGUGAUUUUAUGUUAACUAAAGAAAUGCAUAGUCGUAUAGCAAUAAUUGUUGUCAAAGCUGUUGUUCAGCACGCUCCUAUCACUGUAGAUGAAACUUCAACCCAAUAUUUAGUUCACAGUAUAAAACAAGUAAUUUUGAAUAUGAAAGUUUUAAAAAUUAGUUUCAAUGAUUGAAAGCAAUAUAAUUAAUAUUAUUUUAGUUGGUACAAAUUAAAUCAAAUGAACAAGCUUUUCGGGUGUGGACAUGGAAAAUAUUGUAUUCAUUAAAGCUUCACUUAAUGGACUUACCAGAUAUCAUUGUACAGAGCUCAUUACAAGAUUUAAGCCAUUACUUACGUUUAGUUAUUGAUAUUGAUUCUGAUAGUGAUGUGAGUUAAUAGUUUAUAGUUUACAGUAAUUAGGAAUAAUGUGUUUUGUACAAUUUUAGGACACACAGUGUUUGCGUUAUGAUGACCCAAUUGUUCUGUAUACCGCUAUAUAUGUAACUACAGCUGGGCAUUGUGUUCCAGUCAUAUUAAAUAAAGGUUUGGACUAUUGUUAUAGAUUGUUACAAUACAGACACUAUACAGCAACAAUUGCUUGUUUAAAUGUGAUUGUGCCAUUCUUUUUUGAAAACAAAGAUUGUCUACUAGAAUCCAAAAAGUAAUUUAAUUAUCAUUUAAACAUUUAAGUACUGAUUUUAAUUUGUUUUUUUUUUUUUUAUAGAUUUAUUGCAAUUGUGGCUGGCAUUAUGGCAGAUAAUCGUAGUAAUACAACAAAACGUGCUAUGAAUUUAUUAAGCGUGCAAGGGCCUUCUGAAAUAAUUUUACAGUUCACCAACAUGAUUCAAUAUCAAAUAUCUAACUAUACACGGUAUGGAUUAACCAGUCCUCGUCCCGUAAUGGAACUUUGGACUAAAGUGGUGUGCAUUGUGUGGAAAGAAGCAGAAUCUGAUUUGUUUGUAUAUGUGUUGGAUGCUGUUUUCAGAAAUGUUUUUCGAUUUCAGUUAUUACAGUGGGCUCGAGAAUUGCUUAUAUGUUUAAUAACAGUAAGUUUGGUCAUGAGGAGAUGUUAAUUAAAUAUUAAUUAUAAAUUGAUUAAUAGCAAUUUAGCGAAACUAAAGAAAAUGUUUCGUCAAUUGGAUCAAUCUUCAAUUUUAUGUUUCAAAGUCCAGAAAAACGACCACUCUUAUUACCAAAAUAUCCAGUAGUAUUAUAUCACUGUCCAUAUUAUGCUGUUUUAGCAUUAGAAGCUGAAGAAUGGUGUAUUCAAGGUAAAAAUGAUGUUUGGAAACAUUUGUUAAUGAAAUUACAUUUACAACAAGGAAAGGCAAAUAUUGAUGAUGCACUUAAGGUUAGAAAAAAUCAAACAAUAAAAUGUUUUACAAUAACUAUUUUAACAUGUUUUUCACUUUAGAGAGUAUGCUCAGAAUUAAAAUUACCUAAUUUUACAUCUGGACACUUAUCCAUUUAUCGAUGGAUGCAGUAUGGGUUAGAAAUACCUGCUGAUCAUCCAAUGACUUCUAUAUACUGGCAAAACUUUUUUAGAUUGUACUUGCAACGAAUUCCAGGGUGAGAAUAUAUGUUUGCUAGUCAAUUAUAAUCUCUGUUAUAAUAUUUUAUUUUUAAUUAUUUUAAUUUAGACCUCAACAACUGGGUUGUGUUGGUCGUAAAUUUUUCGAAGGCCUUGUUAAUUCACCAUAUUUAAGCAAAAUUGGUAAUAAGCUAAAGGAGUGUAUUGAUUUUCACCGUACAAAACUUCAAACUGAACCAAAUUCUGAAAUUGAUUUGCGUUUAGCAAGGUAUACGUAAUUGUAUAAUAUCCAUAACAAAAAUGUUUAGUUCUAAAAUGUAAUAUUGGUUUGUAGAUUUUAUGAAGCCUGUACUCUAUGGUUAACUGAUGUUCGGCUUCUUGAAUCCACAUUAUUCAUUCCUUCAUUGAAUUCGAUGUAUGAACCAAAUGACUUAACACAUAUUAUUAAUGGAUCUAAUGUAAUUUUAUACUUAUAAAAUUUGUGCUUGAAGAUAGCCAAAUUAUUAUUUAUUUAUUAUUUAUUAUAGGAAUGGUUGUCAGAUUUAAUUAAUCAUAAGUUAAUUGAAGAGAAUAAACUUAAUUGUAUUCAAAACUGGUGUGAUUUAUUUGGUAAAAAUACUAAAAUCAGCAGUUAUAUCAAUAGAAAACGUCCUUUAGAAAAAGAUCCUUUAACUAGAAUAAUCAACAGGUUUGAUAUUUUGAAUUUUAAUAUACCAAGACUCACAGUUAAAUGAAUAUAAUACUAUGUGUAUUUUUAGAUUAAAGUCUUAUGAUGAUCCAGUACAAAGUCCUACUUUUAUGGCACGCCUAUCAGAUGUGCAGACAAUACCUAAUAAUAUUUUAUAUCAAAAAAACCAUUUACUAAAUAUUAUACAAUUAAAUAUUAAGCAAGUAGUAGAAUUUGUCAAGUGGGUAUUUAAUAAAAUUUAUUUUAUAUUCUAUAGUACAUUUAAAAAAUGAAUAUUAUAUUUUGUAGUAAGGUAUAUAGAGCCCAAACAAAAUGUCAUGAGAAUUUAGACGACCGAUAUGUUGAUGGUAUAAAAAUGGUUUAUGUUCAAAUAGAUUCAACUACACGUGUUCAAGCAGUUUGUGAUUAUAAAACAAAAAAAGGAAAUGCAAGCAGUAUUAAAUGUGCCGGUGCAGCUGAAAUCACUUUCCAAGUAUAAACUAUAUAAUUUAAAAAAAUAAUAAUAAUAUUGUUUAAUACUUAUAUAACGAAACAUAUUUUAUAGAUUCGUGAAGCUAAGUUGAAUGUAGAUGUGGUAGAAAUAAAUUCAAAUAAUAGAUCAGAAUUGGACACAUUAAUUAAUGAGGUUUUAGAAAAUGCAUUACCAUGUUCUUUAACAACUUCUUGUACUACAAUCGAUUUAAUUAUUCAGUAAGACUUAAAACAUUUAAAUUAAAUUUCCAAAAUUUUAAUAAAUAAGUUAUUUAUUAUAAUAAUUUUGUUUGCAAUACUGUGAUUUUUUAGGUUAAUUUUAGAUGAAUUAAGUUCAUUGACAAAAAUAGGAGAUAUUGCUCUUGUUAAUGAAUUACGUGGUAUAGGCGUGAAGUUGUUCUAUACACUUAUGUCUGAAUAUAAAGUUAUGAAAUCAUGUCCAUUUAUUGAACAAUUUCUGUUGACCAUAUUACAAUCAAUUGGAAAUGUACGUAAUACUAGUGUUAUUGUUUAAAAUACAAAAUAUCAAUAUUCAUUCAUGUUACAAGUUAAUAAUGAUUAAUGCAUUUAGGUUUUCAUUAUGAAUAAUGAAUUAGAAUGUUUACGCAUAGAAGACACAGCAUUAAACUACCCUGAAUUAGCUGAUAUACUUGUUCCAUUAUUUUCACCAUCCACUACAACCACAAAGACUUUCAUAGAAGCUUACAUAAAAAUCGUAAACCAUUGUAAUGCCCAUUUUGAACCUAUUGCAUUAAAGUUACUCUCUAAAGUUAGUAAUGUGUGUCACUGUGGUUUAAAAUACUAAUAUGAAAUUAUCUUACAGUUCGAUAUUUGUGUUUGUCUCUCAUCCAGACAGCCUCUACUUCAAGAAAGAUCUGUAUUAAUUGAUCAUUGUAUAGAAGCUUUAAUAAUGGUUAAACAACAAAUUCGAUCAGACUACACAUGGUCCUUGCAUGAAGUUAGGAUAACUUAUUUUUAAUUUUUUUAUAUUGUUUCACUUUUUUACUCAUUAGUAAUACACUUUAUUGUUAAAUAUUUACAGCUUUUUAGUCAACAUUUAUGUAAAAUAAUGGAUCAUGAUUUCCCUGAACAUUACGGUGAAAUAUUAUUAAAACUCUUAGAUCAUUCUAAAGAAGGCAGAAUAUAUUGCCAAGUUUGGUUUAGCAUUCUCAAUACUAUUUUGGCCCAAGCUGUGCCUACAACACAAACAACCAAUGUGAAAACUAUAUUAUUACUAGGAAUGUCAACAGAUCAGCGAAGAGAUGUAGUUAGACGUUAUGCAACUGAUCAACGGUCUCUAGGCUCACAAGAAGUAUUUUACAACUUAUAUAGUUAACAUUUUUUUUUACAUAACCUAACAUUUCCUUUUUGUAUUUUAGCUACAAGAGACCUUACAUCUUUUAACAACACAUUUCGCUAAUGAAAGAUUGAAGUCUGCUACGGGAGAACUUUAUUCAAAAUAUAAUGUAUACAUUGAACCUUUAGUCAGUUUAUACGCUAUGGUUAGUCAUGCAUUAGUCGUGGCAACAUUACAAUCAUAUCGAGGAAUGUUAGCAAAUAAAAGUAUGCUCAUUUAUUUUUUUGAACUUUAUUUUUCAUAAAACUGUAUGUUCUAGUAUUAAAAUUAAAAAAUUGAUUCCAUAAUUUAAAAAAAAAUAUAGUAUUUUUUGUUAUGUACUUAUGUUGUAUAUAUAUAAUAGUAUUUAUAAUAAUAUCAAAGAAAUAAGUAGUAAAUUAAAAUAUUUUGUUUGUAGGUGACUGAUAAUUUUUCAAUUUUUUUUUUAGUAUGUGAGUUUUUAUGUCCAGCUUUAAUAAGUAUGUUUGGUCCAUGGUUGGAACCUUGGUAUGAAGGAUGGAAUACUGACCAUAGAUCAUUGAAACUACCAUGGCUGGCUACUGAUACUUCAAUAUCUACUCUAAUGGUUGAUGCACUGGUGGAAUGUACCUCAUUUGUUUUAGACACUAUGCCAGGUAAUUUAUUGAAUAAAUUUAUUUUUACUUAAAUCUUAAAAAUAAAAAUAAUUUAUUUUUAUUUAUAGCCUGUGAUAAUGUUUUAAGUUUUGUGUGUCAAUGGUAUAUAAAAAUGUUUGCUCAUAUUCAGACAAAUGAUUACAUUUUUGAAACUAUUCAUACAAAUCUUGAAAAGUUACCGUGGCAAAGAUUUAUACCAACACCUGUCGAUUUGGAUUUAAUUAUGAAGGUGACAAUAUUAUUUAUUUAAUUUACUCAUAAUAAUAAUUUAUAUGUUAUGUUGGUAAUAUUUGUACAGGUUAUGGACCAAUUUUUACCACAUUCACAGUGCUUUUUAGCAAAUAUAAUUUUGGAAGUACCGUGGCCAUACGUGCCCAAUAUUGAUCUACGGAUACUUUUAUCAUUGUUUAUAAAAUUAUCAAAUCAACCAAAUAUGAGAAAAGUACAGUAUACAGUUGUUUUUUGAAAUGUGUACUUUAUUAUAAGUUUUUAUAGGGUGGAAAAAUCAGGCCACUUUUAUUAGAAGCUCAGAAAUUUGCAUGGUACCAAAUUGAUGGUGAAACGUAUGAAAAUGUUCUUAGUUGGUUCGUUUCAAAAUAUGAUCCUAUGACAGUUCUUCAAUUAAGUAAUGAAGAUUGGUGUGGUACAGAUUCAGCCGUGCUUGAGUAAAUACUUUAUUUUUAAUUAAUAAAUAUAUUGUUAAAUGUUUGUUAUAUAUAAUUUGAAUGUUUAGUCUAUUGAAAUCAGCAGCUGGAUAUAAUAAUGUUGAUCAUCAAGCGCCUUAUGCGGAACCAAUGUUAUAUAAAAGGCGUAUAUUCAUUCGAGCAAUGGUGAGGAUGUUUAUAUCACUUGCAUCACGAUAUAGGUCAGUAUUGGGUAGUCAUUAUAAGCAUCUGAAGUGUGCUUUCCAUCGAUUACUUGAUGAAACAGAAAUGGUCACUAAACACGGCGAAGAAGCAAAGUUAUUAGUCCUAGAGUUGUUGAUGUUAGUUAACCAACCUACAGGUUCCAUAUUGUCUUCACUUAUGUUGCAAACUAUUCAAGAGUGGAUUAGUCAACGGAAAGCUGACUGUGUUGUACUACAAGGAUUUUUGAUGGUAACAUGGGCUCAUGUUACCGAUCAGCAACAUAAAGGUGAUAUACUUGAAUCCUGUUUGACAUCGUGGUUUAAAAGUGUUGGUAAGUUAAUUUAAACAACUUAUUAAAUGAAUAUUAAAUAAUUUGCUUAAACGGUAUUUAGGAAAUGAAGACAAUUUUAAAUGGGAUAAAGUACUGUCUUUGGUUCAACCUGUUAGACUUUAUUAUCAAGGUUUAGGUGAAGUGUUAAUAUCAUCAUGCCAUAUACUUACAUUAUAUACACUGGCUUUAAAAGAAUCCCAAAAUCGAUCUGCAUAUCCUGAUGUUUUGAGUACUUUGGUACAAUGUUUAGAAGCUGUGAAACCCAAGUAAAUCACUUUAUUAAUUUACUAUUUAAUUUUUUUUAAAAAAAAAAAAAAAACUUAAUAAAUGUUUAACUAUUAUUCAAUUUUUUGGUAGUUCUAUUUAAAAUCAAAUUUGCUGAAACUAAUCAAAGUAAAAAUAUUUGUUUUAUUUUGCAGUAAUAUUGCCGAAAACAAGUUGCCAUUAUUGUGGUCUCUAGUUUUGCGAUUGAGUACUGCUGAAGAUGAUCAAACAGCUGACUAUCUGUUUCGAGUAGCUGUUUCAGCAACACAAUUAGCCCAAUAUAAACAGAGUUGGAGUUUGUUUGAUGCUAUUAGGUUACAAAAACAGACCAAUAUUUCUUCAAAGUUAGUUAUCUGUUCUUUGUUGUAUAAAAUAUUAUUAUUAACAGUUUUUAUUAAAACUAUAGAUGUCGUGUGUUGUGUCGUGCUUUAGUAGCUUUUAUAUAUACACAGCUACCCGAAAACAAAUCUAGUCGUAAACAAUACAUUAGACAAGAAGACAAUGCACCUGGUGGUUUCUCAUGCAAUGAUAAGUAAUAACUCAAAUAAUAACAAUUUUAUACUAAAUAAAUUGACAUUUUGAAAUUCACAAAUUUAAUCAAAUUAUUUAUUAUAUUGAUAUAGUGAUUUUACUACAUCAUUGGAAUGUUUGAAAGCAGUUAGUAUUUUGGAAUGUCUUAAACAAGAUAAACAAUUUUCUGAUUGUGUUGUAGCCAUCGAUAUGGCAUUGAAAAUGAUCAAAGGACCACAGAGCUGUAUGAAAACUGGUGAACAGUUUAUAAUUAAGUUAGCUAAAUGUUUGUAUACUGAUAAUUUUAUAUAUCGUAUAGACCCCAUGUGAUCAAGUGAGGUUGUCUUUUUUUUGUCUUUUUAUAGGUGUCAUCUGUGAUAUACUUAUUGUUAACUAUUUUAUCAACUUUGUUGACUAUCUUUUUUUUAUCAUUAAUCGUUUAUACAUAUAUUUUAUAAUUUUAUUCAGCUUAG